UUCCGUAACAUAAACAAGGAAAUAGAAGUUCAUGGCUUCCAUUACGGAGUAUUGGCAGCAAUAUUGUUGGUCCGCUCAGAAAUUCACAGACAGGUUUGACUCAUAAAUGUUUCCAGAAAGAUAAUACCUGAAUGAAGCUGCUAUGGCGAUAAAGAGUGUUCCCUUGUGGCCAGUCUUGAUCAAAUCUGAUGGUUAUGAACUCCACUGCCUCGUCAACUUGCUGUGACAGCCAGUCUCCUGUAGAUGAAUAUAUGGACGACUGGCUCUUCCUCCCUUUUACCUCAGUUGCAACUUCUUGCCAUGAAGAUGAGAGCAGGAAAGACACGGAGGAAGGCGGCAAACUCAAAUCCAAGCUAGUCUCAGUAUGGAAUAGUGUCAAAUACGGCUGGUCCUUCAAGCAGAAAUCAAAUUUGAGCAAGACCGCUCCUGUGAUUAUGUUUGGAAAGUCAUAUCAGCUCACCGAUCAAGGGGAGAACGAAGCUUUCCACCGCUCUUUUGCAACUCUUGUGUGGUUGACAUACAGACGAGGUUUCCCUCAGUUGACGGGCUGCUCUCUGACCACUGAUAGUGGCUGGGGAUGUCUUCUCCGCACAGGACAGAUGUUGUUAGCGCGAGGCCUGCUUUUACACCUGAUGCCGCAAGGCAUAACAUGUCCUGUGAGCCAUCACAUGUUCAAUGAUGAUAUGGACCUUCGAGAGUUCCGUCCCGAAGCCAGACCAGUGUCUAUACAGAAUUCCAAAGGUCCUAAUAAAUGUUGUCGGAAGCUGAGUUUGGGUUCCCUCUUGGACAGAUGGAUGGAGUCCACACACAGAAAGGUUGUAUCAUGGUUUGCAGAUCACCCUUCAGCUCCUUUUGGGAUACAUCAGCUAGUAGAGUUCGGGAAACGCUUCGGGAAGAAAGCAGGGGACUGGUACGGCCCCUCAAUCGUGGCACAUAUUCUGCGGAAAGCUGCAGAGGCAUCAACUGACCUUUCCGAUCUUGUCAUCUAUGUUGCACAAGAUUGCACCAUCUACAUGGAAGAUGUGAAAGAGUUGUGUGGACGAUGUCUUUCUGGGGUCUCCACUUCAUCUAUCCAGCCCUGGAAGGCCAUCAUCCUCCUGGUGCCUGUACGACUUGGAGGACAAGAGCUCAAUCCUGCCUAUAUCAGAUGUAUCAAGAAACUCUUGAAGUUAAAAUGCUGCAUUGGUAUCAUCGGGGGAAAACCAAAGCACUCACUCUACUUUGUUGGUUUCCAGGAUGAACAUCUGUUGUACUUGGACCCCCAUUACUGUCAGCCCACAGUGGAUACAACAAAGGACAACUUUCCUUUAGAGUCAUUUCACUGUAAAUAUCCGAGAAAAAUGCUCUUCUCUCGCAUGGAUCCCAGCUGUACCAUUGGAUUUUAUGCAAAAGGCCAAAACGACUUUGAAAUGCUACGCAGAGUCGUCGAUGAGGCUGUCUCAACAUCUGCAGAGACAUACCCCAUGUUUAUAUUUGUGGAAGGUCAUAGUCGAGGGGAGGAGGAGGAGGAGGAGGAAAGCAAAAGACGCACCAGCAACAUCACUUAUGUCCAGAGGAAGAGGGAUUUGCAGAGGACUAACACUAGUAACAGCAUGGACGAGUUUGUUCUACUGUGAGCAAACAUUAGAUGUAGUUUGCUGCGGUGUUCAGUGAUCAUCAAAUAGACAAUCUCACACACUGAUUUAAAUAUCCGGUGUGCUCGUCUACACAUGCUACAGUUUGCAUGCCUACCACACUUCACAUUGAACUAUAGUACUAUUUUGUGAAAAUAUUGACAUUUGGCAGCACGGUGGAGCAACUGGAUAGAGUGUUGGCCUCACAGUUCUAAGGUCUGGAGUUCAAAUGGAGUUUGCAUGUUCUCCCUGUGCCUGCGUGGGUUUCCGGUUUCCACCUACAUCCCAGAAACAUUCAACAAUAAUCGGGCACUCUAAAUUUCCCCUAGGUUUUAUUGUGAGCGCGACUGUUGUUUGUCUCCACGUGCCCUGCAAUUGGCUGGCAACCAGUUCAGGGUGUACCUCACUUCUUGACUGUUGAUAGCUGGGAUAAGCUCCAGCACUGCUGCGACACUCGUGUGGAUAGGUGGCUUAGAAAACAGAUGGAUGGAUAUUGUCAUUUCCAAAUUUAUACUUGAUGCAAGUGUAAUUCAAUAAAAGAAUAGCAACAAAAAAUGUUCAAUGCAGCUUACUGGUAAGUGUCUGUAUUUUUUUUAGAUUAGUAGCACACAAAAAGGUCAAUCUCACUGGGGAUACGCUUGUAGUGCAGGCCGGCAUUACACUACUCGUGAUCUUUCGGGGCUAUCUGGGCGGGCACCGUGUUGGCGACCUCGGCAGUAGAAAAAUGGGUGGAUGGCUUUUGAACUGAGUGGUCAUUGGACCAAUGGCAUGACACAUCGGUUUUUUGUCUAUUUUUAAUAUUUCACAGACUUAUUGCUCAUAUGGAAAUUAUUUUGCUCGUAUUGUAUUUUUCAAAACAUUAAAUGAGUACUGUUUUAGCAACAAAAAAAAAUCUGGAAGUGUUCCUGCAACAAAUGCUGUCUUUUCACUGCCUCUUUGACAGCAUGUGACUAAAGAUGAGAUGGUCCAGUCUCAUGGAUACGAAAUGUUGCUAAAGAUGUAGUUGAUGAAGUGUCCUCAGUUGUUUUAAAUGACCUCAGAAACGAACAUGUACAUUUGGUGUUCUGCAUAUAUGUUUAUGAACAAAUGAUUUUAAAAGAAUCUGGUUUUUGUUGCACACAUAAGAAUGAUUAAGAAUAUACUUGAACAUCGCUGUCUCCUUGCAUAUACAGUAUUUACUUCUUUUCAUUUCUGAUUUUUGUGAAGGAAGAUUGAGCAAGUUUGAAAAAUAGCAGUCAAUAAGUGUUGCCGUGGUCCUUGUUCAUAUUGGAAUCUGUUUUGUGUGUGUGGGCGUGGUGGGGGGUUGCAAAUGGAAGACCCAUUGUUCAUGGAAAACUCAUUCUUGGUAAGGAGAUCUUGAGAAGAAUCACUUUGUUCUUUGUGGUGAUGACAGUCUGUGACAAAUA